AUGUUCAAAAUAGUAUCACGAUCUUGUAACAAUUAUAUAAGAUUUACUCAAAAGAGAUUAUUAUCUACACCAAAAAUUACAACUGCUGCAAUAAGACCAAAAAAUAUUCCGAAAAAGAAAAUUGGAGCUCAAAAACUACGAAGAACUGAUCCAAAAUUUCAAAAUGAAUCUACGAGUUAUAUACUAUCCUUACUAAAUGAAAAUAAUCGAGAUGAUGAAAAGACAAAAACUUUAGAAAGUCAUUUAUCAAUUGUUACUUCAGUCACUGUUGGAGAUUCAAUCAAUUUUGAUAAAAUUCAAGAUGAUUUGAACAGUAAGCACAAUUGUGAGAUUAUAGUUCCUGAGGAGGUAAUUAAUAUCUAUGUAUCACCAAUAAGUAAUUUAAUGGUUUUAUCAAAUGGUACUUUAGUUGGGUGGAAUUUAUCAGAAGAUAAAAUUAUUGAUAAAUUUUUACCAAAUAUAGUAAAUUCAAUAAACUCGAAAUAUAGUGAAUAUGAAAGUGAAGAAAUUGACUGGAUAGAAUUAAAACAAUUACCUGAACAACCUUUGAAUAAUGGAUCUAGUUAUUUACAUGGAGAAAUUUUAGUUGUUCAAGGUUUAAAUCCUGAUAAAAGAUUAUUAGAUAUGGCAGCAUUUGCAAUUGGUUUAAGUAGAUCAACUAGACUAUCGAUUCUAGAAAACCAAUUAGAUGAAUUUUUGACUUUAACAAGAAAUAAUUCAGAAAUUUUAUCAUUAGGAAAAAGAAUAACAGCUACUGAACAUGAUUUAUUAAGAAUCACAGGUAGGUUAUUCUUAUUAAGAGGAAAAUUAAAUUUGUAUUCUGAAUUAAUUGAAACACCAGAUUUAUAUUGGAGUGAACCAGAUUUAGAAAAAAUUUAUAAUUCAGUAAGUAAAAUAUUAGAUAUAAAUUCAAGAAUUUCAAUAAUGAAUAGAAAAUUAGAUUAUGCUACAGAAGAACAAAGAGCAUUUUUAAGUGUUUUAAAUGAAAAAAAAUCAACUAGAUUAGAAUGGAUAAUUAUAUUAUUAAUUAUGAUUGAAGUUGGAUUUGAAAGUUUUCAUUUUUAUGAAAAAUAUUAUGAAAAAGGUACAACUAAAGAUUUAUAUUAG